ACAUUUGCCGCAAGUAAUUGACCUUCUUCCGUCGUAGGACGUUUGUGAAAAAUAAAAUGAUUUCAAUACCGAAAUCAGCGGGUGUUACCGCAGUUUCACAGAUUGUAAAUUGUACUAAGACUUCAGCAGCACCCGUUAUUUUAAAGAAACACUUAUAUAAACGUAAUGUAUUCCUUCCUACGAAGAAACAUACUUUACCAAGUUCUGGCAUCGCUGCUUUUGUUGAAAUAGGAGGUCCAUGCCAAGUGAGGUUCUCACACACUGACGUCAAAUUUCCAGACUAUGACGUGUACAGAAAGAAGGGAAAUAUUGACAAACAUGAUGUCAACAGAAGUGAAACACCCUCUCGUACCUUCUCAUAUGUAAUGGCUGGAGCUGGAGCGCUGGGAGGCAUCUAUAUGGGAAAAACUAUAGUGGAGAGGGUGGUAACUAGUUUAGCAACUACCAAGGAUGUUUUAGCCUUGUCCAAGGUAGAAAUAAAUUUAUCUGAAAUACCGGAAGGUAAAAAUAUGGUAUUUAAGUGGCGUGGAAAGCCAUUGUUUGUAAGACAUCGUACAUCGGAAGAAAUUGAGACAGAACAAAAUGUAAAUCUGGCAGAACUGAGGGACCCCCAGCAUGAUAGUGACCGGGUACAAGAUCCUAAAUGGCUGGUCUGUCUUGGAAUAUGCACUCAUUUAGGGUGUGUGCCAGUAGCUGAUGCAGGUGACUUCGGCGGUUACUAUUGUCCAUGCCACGGAUCCCACUACGACGCUGCAGGAAGAAUCAGGAAAGGCCCCGCACCUCUGAACUUGGAAGUUCCAUUCUAUCAGUUUGAAGAUCAACUACUUAUUGUUGGUUAAAAGUGAUAAAUUUUAGGCCUUAGGAAA